AUGGCAAGCUCGGCGACCGCCACAAGCACGCGGCCUCUGAAUCCCGUCCAGCGGCAAAACAAUGGUUUUUCAAGGCCAAGCCGCCAGAAUUCAGACCCGAGGGAAAAGGGCGCGCCGGGCGGAGGCGGGUAUUACCCGGACGAAACCGGCCCAGCACAAACGCCGUACAUGAAUAUGCUGCUCUCGCUCGACAGGAUCCCGCGCAUGCAUAACAUCCUCGUGUCGGUGUUCGUCUGGAUCCUGUCAGCGGGCUUCGUCAUCAUGCCGGGCUCCUUCACCAGCGCGAAGCGCCAGCAAGAAGGGCAGACGGUCGAGAUCCCCGUCGCCACGACGGGGGGCGCCAACGGGACCGCGAAGCUGUCCCUCACGCCGGCCAACACGGCCGCCAUGGUCGUUGGGUUCGUAUGCAUCGUCGCAGGCACCUUCGGCUCGGCGUGGCUCGCCCUGCGGUGGCGGCGCAACUAUGUCUGGUUGCUCAACAAGCUGUACCUGCCCCUCGUCCUCAACGCGCUGGCGGGCCUGCUGGCGACGGUCGUGGGUGUGUACACGCAGCAGGCGGGUGACUGGAGCACGCAGGCCGUCAUCACGCUCGUGAUUGAGGGCUCGAUACUCGUUGUCAACGUGCUGCUCUUCUUUGUGUACAACUAUUGGCUGUUGCAGAGGCUGAGGAGCGAUCACGAGGAGGUGGUGGCGGGUGGGGAGAAGAAGGAGAAGAGGAAGAGGAAGAAGAGGAAGGGAGGGCUUUUUGCCAGGUUCAGGAGGGUGCGUAGGAAGCCGCCUAUUGCCGCGGGCAGCGUUGUUUAA